GCGUCAGUAUUGGUUCAGGUCUUGUUCGGUCAGUAAUAUUCCACGUUGUUAUACCUUACAUAUCCCGACACAUCUCACAUCCCGAAAAAGGCAGGAUGCCCAAGGACUCGUUGGUUAAGUCGCCCAGGACGAGCAAGGAGAAGGCGGAGCAGAAAAAGGAGGCGGAAAACAAGCUGAAGUGCGUGAGCGAUUUUGAGCGGUCCCAGAAGAUCGACUCCCUUCCCCGCCACCUGAACACCUUCUGGAGGACGGACACCCGGCUGUCGGCCUCCAAGCUAAAUGGUCUGUGGAUGCUGAACAACACCAACUACAACAAGGGACUGGCCUUUACACUGAACGAAAGGCGAGUGCUGUCCAUCCAUGGACUACUCCCGGUGGCAGUGCGCACCAUGGAUGAACAGGUGACGGCCUGCGCGAAGACCUUGGACACGUUUAACACCCAAUUGCAGAGGUAUGUCUACCUGACCUACUUGUCGCGCAGGAAUAGGAGGUUGUUCUACUACCUCCUGCUCACCAAUCCUGAACGCUAUGUGCCACUGACGGAUGCCUCUGGUAACAUGGAGGUGCUCAAGAUCCACAGGAUGCUGCACUCCGUGGGCCAGGGUCUGUUCAUCUGCAUCAAGGAUCUGGGCCACAUUCCCCAGAUCCUGGCCAACUGGCCUUAUAGACUGGUUCGCUGCCUGCUGGUGAGCAAUGGGGCUUCGGUUCUCAGUCUGGGUGACCUGGGUGUGGAUGAGAUGCCUGUGCUGUUCUCCAAUAUCCACAACAGCGUGGUCUUUGGCGGCCUUCAUCCGGAUCACUGUUUGGCCGUUAUGCUGGAUGUGGGCACCAACAAUGAGCAGCUGCUGCAGGAUCCAGCCUAUACGGGAUUGAAGGAGCCUCGUGCCUCGGACGAGCUGUAUGAUCAGUUCUUCGAGGAGUUCACCCUGGCCGUGCUGCAGCAGUAUGGUUCCCAUGCCCUAAUCCUUUGCAAGGACUUCGAGGCCCAGAAGGCCAAGAAGCAACUGAAGUUGUACCGUGCCCGCCAGUGCAUCGUGGAUGUGGACUUCCAGUGCCUGGCUGCAGUGGCUCUGGCCGGAGUUAUAGUCUGCAACCGCUUGAAGAGGGUCUUCUUCUCGGCCAAUAUCUUCCUGUUCUACGGAGGCGAUGCCAUAAAUAUUGGAAUGGCUAGACUGUGCAUGGCCCUGCUGAAAAGGGAGGGUAUUAUUGAAAUGAAGGCAAGGGAGAAAGUUUGGUUCUUUGACGCCAACGGAUUGGUGGUGCUGGGCAGGAAGGACAUUCCCGAGGAGCUGAUGGAAUUCGCUAAUCCCCGAGAGCCGAUCUCCACUUUGGUGGAGGCCAUUCAGGAGUUGAAGCCAAAUGUCCUGGUGGGUGGCUCUUCGCAGCCGAAUAGCUUCACCCCCGAUGUCCUGAGGGCCAUGGAGAAGAGCUCCGAUCAACCGGUGAUAUUUGCCUUGUCCAGACCCCGAGAACAGGCCGAGUGUUCGGCGGAGGAUGCCUUUUCCUAUACCAAGGGUCGCUGCAUCUUCAUCUCGGGUUCAAAGCUGCCACCUCUGAAGUAUGCCAACAAGUGGUAUCAGCCGGGUCAUUGCACCAGUACCUACUUGGUGGCGGGUUUAAGUUGUGGCGUGAUGCUGGCUGGUUUCACCACCAUUCCAGAUGAGGCCUUUUGCGUGGCGGCUGAGAGAUUGGCCAGUCUGGUGUGGCCCUGCGAUCUGGAGAAGCGGAACGUCUACCCGCCAAUGAGGAAGAUUAAGUGCAUCAGCCUGCAAAUGGCCGAGGCCAUCUUUAUCUACGCCUUUCGCCGCGGAUUGGCCACCCUGUGGCCACAGCCGGAAAACCCCAUGGAGUACAUCAAAAACUCCAUGUACAAUCCGGAGUACCGCAUGAAUAUCGUCGACGUUUACUGCAUGCAGAACCGUACUAUCGCCACCACCGAGUCCCGCAAAUACUACACGCUCAACAUCUAGGACCUGUA